UAAAAAAAAAAAAAAAAAUAAAAAUUGGAUAAAGCGAGCGAAUUUUUCCUUUUUCGUUUCUCAUUUCGUGAAUUAAAUCGACCGCACGACGUUUUUCGCGUAUAAAGCAUCGCAUAAAUUUUCGUAAUUCCCCGCGAUAUUUCAACGAUAUUUUGCCGGGAAACAGGUGAUAGAACGCUGUUUUUCGCGCAGAUGCACCAAGGAAAUGCGGGACGCCAAGUCGGAGCUGGCGGUGAGCGAAUCGGAAAAGGAAGCAAUGAGGAAUCAGUAUAAGAAAUCCCUGGAUCGUCGUGAAACCGAGAAGAAACAAUUAGAAUUUCAACUGGAACAGGCUCGAGUCGAGGCGAAGGAGUUAAAGAUUCGGAUUUCACGUAUCUUGGAGUUGUUGACACGGCAAAUCGCCACUCAGGAAAAACAAUUCCUCGAACUUACGCAAACCGUGAGGAAUCUGGUGAGUGAGAAAUCCCGAUUGCAGAAUGCUCUGGACGAGAAGCAGUCAGAAACCAAUGCACUCGAGGGUAAAUUUCAAAGAACAAAGGAACUACUCGAGGAGGUGAAAUUAGAAAGGAGCAAGGAUACCAUGAGGAAGGCUCAUCAAGCUUGUCAAACCGAUGAAUUCGAGAUAACUACGAGUAAUUUGGAGGAAUUCGAUAAAGAGUCCAUGUCGUAUCAGAUACAAAAUGUACGGAUCAAGAGUAAAAAUGAUCUGGACGAGCCUUCUACCGAGGGGACGUUAUUGAGAGAAUUAUUCUUUAGGAAACCGAGCCUCGAGGAAAGCGAAAGUUUGGAUAUUAUUCCAGUUCUGUCAGAGACAGACUUGCAAACUAAACAUAGUACCAGCACUAUGCUUUUUCCUUGAUGUGUUAUUUGAACGUGCUCUUUUUGUUUAAAAAUUUUAAUGAAAGUUUCAACUGUCAUAAAAAUUUUAUUAAGUAAAAUUAUAAAUUAUAAACAAAGUGCAUAUAAAAUAUUUUUCUUUCUCUAUAUUUUGAUGUUUUAAGAUAAACGAGAUAUAUAAUAGAUCUAAUGUUUAAUUGUCUUUUCUUGUUCUCGAAAAGAAUCCACAAUUUCCUUUAUCAUUUAUCAUCCUCAAUUACCAGUAUAGAAUAUACUGGUGGUUAAAAUUUGUUGAUUAAAUUUCGAUGUGAAAUC